UUAGUAGUAGUCCCCUCAACUCCCCCUCUCACUCUUUGCGCCACUUAAGUGUCGGCAACGCCCACAACGACACCGUUUUUUCCCCUCCUACUACCAGGGGUGGCGCGCCCACACAUUAUUCUUACAAACACAAUGCCGGACUACCGUAGCUUCGCCUCGUCGAAUCCGAGCUUCUUCUUUUUGUUUAGCAUUGUGUUGAAGCUCAUGGUGCCGUGUGCGGCGGAGAUACAACCUCAGCGCCAUGCCACCGACCUACAUUGGUAUCCGGGGACCGCCACGUGGUACGGUGAUCCCGAAGGUGACGGCAGCACCGGUGGAGCAUGUGGGUAUGGGACCAUGGUGGAUGUGAAGCCAUUGAGGGCGAGGGUGGGGGCAGUGGGUCCCCUAUUGUUCAUGAAUGGUGAAGGGUGCGGCGCGUGUUACAAGGUGAAGUGUGUUGACUCAUCUAUAUGCUCAAGGAGAGCUGUGACGGUUAUUAUCACCGACGAGUGCCCCGGCUGCCCCUCUGACCAAACACAUUUCGACCUCAGUGGUGCCGCCUUUGGCCGCCUUGCUAUCGCCGGCGAGAACGGCCAGAUCAGGGACCGUGGUCAAAUCCCCGUCAUUUACCGAAGAACACCAUGUAAAUACCCUGGAAGAAAAAUUGCCUUCCAUGUCAAUGAAGGUUCCACACCUUUUUGGUUAUCACUUCUUGUUGAGUUUGAAGAUGCAGAGGGAGAUUUAGCCUCCAUGCAUAUAAGAGAGGGAGGGUCAAGUGAGUGGCUGCAGAUGAAUCAUCUAUGGGGUGCAAAUUGGUGCAUUAUUGGGGGUCCUUUAAGAGGACCUUUCUCAGUGAAACUAAGCACUUCCUCCGGAAGAACCCUCUCUGCAAGAGAUGUUAUUCCUACCAAUUGGGUUCCAAAGGCCACUUACACUUCUCGCCUAAAUUUCUACGCCUAAGGUUCCUUCCCAAUCUUGGUAUCAUCACUUCUUUUUUUAACCUGGUUAUAAAACUUGGUCAACUCCCACAACCCAAAAAAAUAGUCUUCAUGGCCUUCUUACGUGGAUUUCCCUUUAUAUGUUGCCAGUGCUUUGCACAAUUUUACUACUACAAUAGUUUUUCACUUGUUUCCUUUUUUUUUCACCCUUUUCUUUUUUCUUUUCUUUUUUUUUUUAUAAGAAAAGUAGCCAUUUGGACUUUGGAGUGCAUAGGCAUAAGCGGCAUGUAUCCAAAGGAUCCUUUCUCCCUUUUCUUAUUUAUUAUUUUUUCUUUUUUUUUUUUCUCAGUUGUCUUGAUUGAUUUUGUAUACCUACCUUUCUGGUGUGUGUAAUUGUUGGUAGUAAAUGUCAUAUGUAGCCCUCUCCAAAAGAGGAGAGAGAGCGUGUAGUGUGAAUUGCGUGUUGUACUGUGUGUGUACUGGGUGGGCCUGUUGGGCUCUUUAAUGAAUAUUUAUUUUGUGUUCUUGAA